GACUUCCCCACUUCCUUCCUCCCUCUUUGUUUUCUGAAGAUCCACCGGAUUCUCAUCGGGCACGACAAUGUGGGCCUCCAAGCAGGCUGGCACCUUGGCAGCGUUCAGAUUAUUAUCCCCGUCCACGGCAAGAUGUACAACUUCCCCUGCAACCGAUGGCUUGACAAAAACGAAGCUGACGGGAAGGUACAGAUUGAGGUUUAUCCCAGCGAAAUCAUGGAGAUUGAGAAAUUGAUCAACUAUGAGAUCUGUACCGUUACCGGAGACGUGCGGAACGCGGGCACCAACGCGAAAGUCUUCCUGCAGGUUUACGGUGAGCUGGGUAAGACGGAGGUCCUUAUUUUGAAGAACAGGUCCAACAACCACGAGCGCAGAGCCUCGGAAAAAUUCAAGAUAGAAGCUGUUGAUGUUGGCAGAAUCUAUAAGAUCCGAAUUGGCCACGAUGGCGCGGGUUUUGCAGACGGAUGGUUCCUGGAAAACGUCGUCAUUAAAAAAAUGGGGACAAAGACCAGCAGGGUAGGAAAAAAGAAGAAAAAGAAGAAAAAGAUAUCCACAGAAGAGAAAGAAGAAGAGGAGACGCACCAGACAGAUGCUUUGCAGGUUUAUAACUUUGUAGCCCACCGUUGGCUGGCGAGUGACGAAGAGGACAAGGAACUGGUUGUGGAAUUGACACCAGAAGAGGCAUCUGAGCUUGAAGCAAACACCUACGAAGUCCAUGUUAUCACUGGGAUGAUAUGGGGAGCUGGCACUGACGCAAAUGUUUACUUGAGCAUCUAUGGUGAAAGAGGAGACACUGGGGAGCGCCACCUGAAGUACUCAAAUCAUCUGAACAAGUUUGAAAAGAAACAGGUGGAUGUCUUCACUGUCAAAGCCAUUGACUUGGGAGAACUGAAGAAGCUAAGAAUUCGCCAUGAUGACUCUGGAAGCAACUCAGCCUGGUUCCUGGAAAGAAUUGACAUCAUUGACACCAAAGAGGAAAGCAUUUACUAUUUCCCCUGCCAGAGAUGGUUGGCCGUCGAAGAGGAUGACGGCCAGAUUGCCAGGGAGCUGGUCCCCGUGGCGGAAGCGUUUGUGAUGAAGGAUUCGGAGAACGCGGGCUCUGUCGCGACCCUCGGCCUGGAACAGAAAGCUAAUUCAACGACAUUCACAGUAAGAGUGAAAACCGGGGACAAGAAGAACGCCGGGACAGAUUCCAACGUCUUUAUCGUCCUUUAUGGAUCCAAAGACGACACAGGAACAAUCUUCUUGAAGGCUUCUAAGACGAACCGGACCAAAUUUGAGCGAGAUAAAGUCGACGUCUUUACAGUGGAAUGUGUGGACCUGGGAGAUCUGAAGAAGAUUAAGAUUGGCCAUGAUAAUACAGGUCAUUCUGAGGGAUGGUUUUUAGACUGGGUGGAGGUGGAUGCCCCCUGCCUUGGAUUGUGCCUGAAGUUUCCGUGUGGUCGUUGGCUGGAUAAAGCCGAAGAUGACGGAGCGAUUGAAAGAAUCUUGUUUCCUGCAGAACUGCAAAGAAGGACUUACCUCCCAUUUGUUCCCUACGAAAUCACGGUUUACACCAGUGACGUUUUUGGAGCAGGAACCGACGCUGACGUCUUUAUCGUUCUGUACGGGGCUGACGGUGUUUGCACUCAGCAGAAAUCCUUGUGCCAAAACAAGAGGGAACAAAGGAUGUUCUUCAAGAGGAAUUCUAUAAAUCAGUUCGUUGUGGAGCUAGAAGACAUUGGAGACAUCCUUGAGAAGAUCCGCAUUGGGCAUGACGGCUCGGGGAUCAAUUCAGGCUGGCAUCUGGAUCAAGUGGACGUACGGAGGCUUUUACCCAACGGAAAGGGCUCUGAGAAAACCACAUUUCCCUGUGGUAAAUGGCUGGCGAAAUCUGAAGACGACGGCGAAAUUAUGAGGGAGCUGGUUCCAUCCAGAGUUUUUACUGAAAAACUGACAAAAGACGGCACUCUUAAGCAAAUUGACGAAGAAAUUGACGACCCUCUGGAAAUCUAUUCGUACAAGGUCUCCGUUUUCACGGGUGAUAUUCAGGGCUCCGGAACGGAUGCGAAUGUAUUCCUAACGAUCUACGGAGACUUAGGCGACACUGGAGAGAGAAAAUUAAGGAAGUCUGAAACAAACACCAACAAGUUUGAAAGAGGACAGGAAGACAUAUUCACAGUCGAAGCUGUGGACCUCGGAAGCAUCUAUAAGAUCCGCAUCCGCCAUGACAACACUCUGCCAAGGCCGGACUGGUUCUUGGAGAAAGUUGAGAUCCUGAACGAUGCCACCGACAGCGCCUACCUCUUUGAGUGUGAACGUUGGCUGUCGAGAAAAAAGGAGGAUCUCAGCCUUGAGCGAGUCCUUUGGGAAAAAAAUUACGAUCCCGACUCCCUCAGCAUUGGGAGCACAUCCCUGAACCGAGACGACAAUUCCAGUCUAAAGGACGAGAAGACCAACAGAUCUGCAUUUGAUGGGUCACUCAUUCCUUACCACAUUGUCCUCACAACUGGGAAAGAAUACGACUCAAGCACCAGCAGCAGAGUUUUCAUAGUCGUGCUAGGUCCUCAGGAAGAAUCCACAGGCCACAUGUGGCUCGAUCUCCCAGAAGGAAAGACCCAGUUUGCAGAGUCUUCUGUGGAGAAAUUCUCUGUUAUGGGAGCCGACGUUGGCGAGGUCAGAAAAAUUCAGAUUGGCCAUGAUGGGGCCACUCCAGAAAGCUCUUGGCUCCUGGAUGAAUUCAGCGUCACAGUGCCAACGAAGGGUGUGAUCUACACUUUUGUUUGCAAGUGCUGGCUGGCCCAGGAUAGGGGGGAUGGUCUAACCUCACGCGUCUUCAACAUCCUGGAUGCGGAUUGCAUCAACAUUGGCCUAAAGAUUCUCUAUGAAGCGACGGUGGAGACUGGAGAUUUGUCACAGGCUGGAACGGACACCGGCAUUUUUUUCACAUUCUUUGGAUCCAAUGGCUGUUCCGAAGAGAUUCAGCUGGAAAAAAUUGGAAACAGAUUUGAAAUUGGCCAAAAGGACUCUUUCAUCAUGGAAGUUCCAGAUAUUGCACCACUCAAGAAGUUGCGGAUAAGGACAGACGGGAAAGGAUGCCGCCCUGACUGGUUUCUGGAACAGGUAGCACCUCCACUUUUUUAAAACUCUUCUAGCACUGAUGAUG